CAAUAAAAAUUCCCGAAAAGGCCAAGCCCAUUUAAGUUCCACUUCUUUGGGUGAAGGAUGGCCGCAUGGCUCCAAUGGAGCGGUGGACGGGAAUUGUGAACGUCCGCCUGAACCCUAACAAUGGCGGUUCGUUCUUCAAAGUCGCUGUUUCGCUUCUUCUUUGUCCGUUCUCCAAAACUCUAGCCGUACCGUCCGUGAAUGCUAUAUUCUUCAAGGGGGACCGGGUUGAGGGUACCGGGAACCCGGCUAUUGAGAGGCUAUCGGAAUCGAAGAACAUUGCGGAGAUUCUGGUAGCGAAGCUUGGCGGUUCCGUGAACGCAUGGGUGGUCGAGGCUUCCACCUUCAGCGGACCCUUCGCCGUUUUCAGGGAGUUCGUUCCGAGCGUGAAUUCGCGCGGAGAGCCGAAACACUACGAUCCGGAAGGUUUCCCUGCCUCGAAAUCUAUCGUGGCGAUCAUGGCGAAUAGUAUUGAUCAGGUCAAAAGCUCCGUCUUGGGCUACAAAGAUGAGUUGGCAAUAUCAGAAAUACUUUCGCCAAAAACUGCUGUGUUUGGGUUUAGUAAGGGUGGGACUGUAAUAAACCAAAUUGUUGCUGAAUUUGCUCACUUGAAUGCAAUCAAAAUGCUAAAUUCUGCUUCUCCAACUUUAGAAGCAAGAGAUGGCAUCUUCGCUACUUCUAAUGGUAGUUUUCUUCACAGCAUCUCUGAGUUUCACUAUGUUGAUGUUGGACUGAACUGUCAUGGAGCUUAUUUGACUGAUAAAGCUGUGAUCAAGGAAAUUGCACAGAAUUUGAUGAUUAGCAAUUCAAGUUUGCGUAUUUUAUUUCAUGGAACUCCAAGACAGUGGCAUGAUCAUAAUCGUCCGUGGAUCCGAAAGGAAAAAGACUUGCUUCUUCAGUUGAUUCAAGAUGCCACCAACAAAUAUGGAGGCAGACUUCAGGUAUUUGAGCGUUUUUAUUUUGCUGAUAUGAAGCCUACUUUGCAGAUGCAUUUUGAAAUAAUUCAAGUUAUGGAUGUUAGCUGAAGUAAUUUAAAUACCUUUCUUUAAAAAUCUUGCUAGAUAAAUCCUAAUUUCGUUCCCUUAUUACAACAUAUUCACCCAAUUGCAGCUUAUUUUUUGAAUAGCAUAAUAUAAGGAGAGCUGUCUCCAUUAUCUCUUA